GGGUGAUUAGCUGGCUAGUUAGCCUGAGGCUGCAGCUUGCUGGCUACACACAUUGAACAGGUUCUAGGAUAACGUUAAAUGGAAACAGCAGCCAACUAAAAUGCACACACUGAAGUGAAGUGAUCAUGGAGUCUCGUAGACAAGUCAAGGGUUCUAAUCCAUCCCGGGACUCCAGAUGCGGGCAGCCCCAUGCCGGUAUGCCCCAGAAAGACGCUUACGCCAGGCUCCUCAGCCAGCACCACAGCAGCAAGUUCCGCACCUACCGUGACCAGAUAGCCCAGCAGCUACAGCUGGACCAGAAUGGGACAGAGGCCUCUUUUGAUAAACAGGACUUGGAGCUAAAUAGGGGAUGCCAGGCUGCAACAGGCAACGAGGCAGAGAGCUGUCUGGCUUUGUACAUGGAGAAGCUGAACGAGCGCGGUGGGCCUGCCGAGGCUCAGAGCAGGAAGCAUCAGCAGCAGGCGCCGGUUGCUGGACAACAGUACCGCAGCGAGAGGAGAGACACCAACACAAGCCAGGACGGAGACGUGGAGUCUGGGGAGGAGGGCCUUCACCGGCAGCGGCACCCCAAGAAGCAUCGGCGCAGUGAAGCUGGGCCGAAGCCGCCCGUGGGCAGCUUUGGAGGCAAUGAAGUGAGCCAGGGGCCCUCACCCAACAAACCAGGCCCCCUGGGCGGGGGGAAGGAACACGAGAAGAAGAAGUCAAAGAAGAAAAAUGCGUCAAAAAGCAGUGAAGGUGUCGGGCGGGAGGGGGCCUGCCCUGAUCGAGCUGUCCCCAUACAGCCUCAGGAUGGAAGCCCAAAUGCCUCUAUUACUCCUGACAAGAGCAAAAACAAGAAUAAAUCGGGCAGAGGAAAGAAGAAGCCUGUGUUUGAAGCGUAUAUGUGCACUGAGGAUGUUUCUGCUGGGUUGAAGAGAAGAGAACUUGUCCAGGGACAAUUGAGAAUUAACCCGAAGAAGUAUCAUGAGGCCUUCAUUCCUGCUCCUGAUGGUAUGCGGGAUAUAUUCCUGGAUGGCAUAGUGGCCCGUAACCGAGCCCUGAACGGGGAUGUGGUCGUGGUGAAGAUCCUUCCCCGGGAGCAGUGGAAGGUGGUGAAGUCGGACACCGACGGGGAGGGGGCGAGCGAGCCGGAGACCCCCCGGAGCGGGCAGAAAGCGGGGCAGCCGUCCAGCCCUGACGUCAUCGUGGAGGGCCAGUACACCGACGUGGCUGAGGACCAGCCUGACGGGGCGGCGGCCCAGUGCAGGGACACCACUGAAGCUCUGGAGCGGCUGAAACUCAACACCACAGGGUCCCACUGUCAAAGCAACAGUGAAGGUUCAAAUAAGGAUAUAGCCUGUGGCUCAACGAACCCCUGCACUGUGUCGGAGAAGUGCCUUCAGAGGACUGCUAAGGUGGUCUACAUUGUGGAGCCGAAGCACUCUCGGGCUGCAACAGGCUUCCUCAAGUUCCUCCCCGAUAAGGACUUUGCCAUGUUCUCCCCCGUUGACCAUCGUGUGCCACGGGUGAACGUGCCGCUCGCCGACUGUCCGGACAACUUUGCGUCUCGACCGGGUGACUACAACAACACCCUCUUUGUCUGUCGCAUCACCCACUGGAAUGACAACAGCACCUUUGCCGAGGGGCGUUUGGCUAAGAGCCUUGGACAGGCUGGUGAGAUUGAGCCAGAGACUGAGGGCAUCCUGAUGGAAUAUGAUGUGGACUUUUCCGAGUUCUCUGAGGAUGUCCUGCAAUGUCUGCCCCAAAACCUGCCCUGGACCAUCCCACCGGGGGAGCUCCGUAAACGGAGGGAUCUGAGGAAAGAGUGCAUAUUCACGAUCGACCCAGCAACUGCCAGAGACCUAGAUGAUGCCUUGUCCUGCAAGCUUCUCCCAGAUGGAAACUUUGAAGUGGGAGUUCAUAUCGCUGAUGUCAGUCAUUUUGUGGAAGAAGGGAAAGCAUUGGAUAUGGUGGCCAGCCAAAGAGCCACCAGUGUCUACCUGGUGCAAAAGGUCGUUCCAAUGCUGCCUCGCCUCCUCUGUGAAGAGCUCUGCAGCCUCAACCCACUGACCGACCGGCUCACCUUCUCCGUCGUCUGGAAAAUCACUCCACAGGGCAAGAUCCUGGAUGAGUGGUUUGGGCGUUCUGUGAUUCGCUCCUGUGUUAAGCUGAGCUACGACCAUGCACAGAGCAUGAUCGACGAGCCCGAUAAGCUCUUUUCUGCGGAGGAGCUGCCACCGUUUGACCCCCAGCACCCCAUCGAUGAGAUCCACCAGGCUGUCCUCAACCUGCACACCAUUGCCAAGAACCUCAGAAGCCAGCGGUUCCAGGGUGGGGCUCUACGUCUUGACCAGAUGAAGCUGUCUUUCACCCUGGAUAAGGAGAGCGGGAUGCCUCAAGGCUGCUACAUCUAUGAAUACAGAGACAGCAACAAGCUUGUGGAGGAGUUCAUGCUGCUGGCCAACAUGGCGGUCGCCCACCAAAUCUACCGCAGCUUUCCCAAGCAGUCACUGCUGCGCCGCCACCCACCUCCCCAAACCAAGAUGGUGGACUGCCUGACCGAGUUCUGCGACCAGAUGGGCCUGAACCUGGACUUCUCUUCUGCAGGGGCGCUCCAUCGAAGUCUGAAUGAGAUGGUGGGGAAUGAUCAUUACUCCAGCGCCAGGAAAGAGGUUCUCACCAAUAUGUGCUCCCGACCCAUGCAGAUGGCCAUUUACUUCUGCACUGGAGUUCUGAAGGACGAGACCCUCUUCCGGCACUAUGCCCUGAAUGUGCCCCUCUACACCCACUUCACUUCGCCCAUCCGCCGCUACCCGGACGUGAUCGUACAUCGCCUCUUGGCUGCGUCUCUGGACUGUGGCCCCCAUAUAACUCUGACUGAGGAGGAUAUUCAAAAGCAGGCCUCGCACUGUAACGAUAAAAAGACCGCAUCCAAGAGAGUCCAGGAGAUGAGCUCUGAGCUGUUCUUUGCUGCUUUUGUGAAGGAGUCAGGGCCCCUGGAGUCUGAGGCCAUGGUCAUGGGUGUUCUGGACCAGGCUUUCGACGUGCUGGUGCUGAGAUACGGUGUACAGAAGCGCAUCUAUUGCAAUGCUUUGCAAGGCCUUCAGAGCUUCCAUUACCGCAAGGUGGGGAAGAAGCCCGAGAUCACCCUUGUUUGGGCGGCUGAGGACCCAGAGCAGGAUUCUGUACGGCAGGAGAUCGCCAUCUUCUCCCUAGUGGAGGUGGCCCUGAAGGCGGAUGCAGCCCCCAUGAAAUACAGCGCUGUGUUAAAACACCCGGCGGACACCACGUCAUGAAACCAGCCCCUCAUCGACACGCAUAACAUAGAGAACACGAUGGAACAUGACAUGCUUGCAUAGAACACACAUACAUGCACAUACACACGUGCAAACGCAUAUGGAUGCAUUCAGCAGUGUUGUAUGCGUACAAAACACAUACACAAUUCUAAAUAUUUUUUUCAAGGCUUGAAGGGAAAUGCAUGCAUUUGUUUUUAUUAUUAGUAAAGCAGAGUUGUUUUUAUUUGAUUGCUGCUUUUUAGUAAACUGGAAGUAGCCAGUAACACACUUGUUGCAUCACUGUUGAUACAGAUAGAUCCUGGCUGCCUUUUUCUAAUUGAAAAUGGGCCAAAGUAGUGCAAUGAAUUCAGAUAUUUAUUUUAACUGGAUACCAGCUUGGGUUUUAAAUAUUUUUACAUAUUAGUAUUAGUCUCAGCCCAGCUUUUUGAGCUGAAGAUUUUGUUUUUGGAAAAUUCAAGCUUUAAUCUUUUUUGAGCCAUUUGAUUUGAAUAUAUAGAGAAAGAUGGAGAAAAUGUUCUUGUAUAAAUUCAUUUUAUGGCAAUAUAAUUACAUGUUGUGUCUAGACAGGUAGGCAAUUUGAAAACCUAUAAGAAAUUUGGAUUCUCCAGUCAUUUAAUCCAGAACAGCAACAGCCAUGUCUUAGACAACUUGUGGGUCGAUUCAACUUGCAAAGUGUUUACAUUGCCACAGGUACAAUUAGCCGCCGAGUAUGCAUACUAGUAUUUUAGCCUGGGCAUUCACCACAUUCACCAUACCUCAUAGGAAAGCUUUUCUGUGUACAUUUAAAAGUUUACUUUGAAUUCUGAGUUUCACCUUCACUGCAGAACUAGACUAGGUCUCCCUGCUGUGGCCACACAGUGACUGCUUCCACUCGUGAUCUCAGUCUCCCUGCUGUGGCCACACAGUGACUGCUUCCACUCGUGGUCUCAGUCUCCCUGCUGUGGCCACACAGUGACUGCUUCCACUCGUGGUCUCAGUCUCCCUGCUGUGGCCACACAGUGACUGCUUCCACUCGUGGUCUCAGUCUCCCUGCUGUGGCCACACAGUGACUGCUUCCACUCGUGGUCUCAGUCUCCCUGCUGUGGCCACACGGUGACUGCUUCCACUCCUGGGCUCAGUCUCCCUGUAUUGCAUUUUCAUAAAUACUUGAAAAUACCCUUUUUCAGCCCUUGGAAGUGUUCUACACUACAUACAUUUAUGCUACUGAAUAAAUAUUGUAUGUGAGGCCUAAGUGAAGUAUUUUACAUCCUGUUAAUACUCCUGUGAGGUAUAGUGUAGAUGUUUUGUGUAUUUAGCUUUUUUUAUGCUACAGUUUGUGUUGAAUGUUAAAUGAAUGGAUGUUUCAGAAGUACAGUAGCUCCUCUAAUCUACCCUAUGGGUUUACCUGCAAGUUAGUUUAUCAACUUCCAAGUACAGCUGGGGAACUGCAGAGACUUGUGCACCCAAGUGUGGACUUAAACCAAGACCUGGUACGCUAGAAUAGUACCCCAAAAACUGUGCCCAAGACAACCAGGGAUUCCAGAGUUAAAUGUAACAUGAUCAAAAUUCACACUCACCAGAUCAGCUGUACUGUGAGUUCUAACUCAUUUUAAAAGCUUAUAAGUUUUACAAUACAGUAUAAAAUGUGAAAAUGAGAUCUCAUGCAUGCAGAAAGAAAAGGCUUCAGUUGGAUACUACAUAUAACCAGUUAACUGAAGUCAUACGUGCUGUAAAUGUACGUUUUCUCGCCAAGCUUGUAGAUAGCCGUAGAAACCGUAUCUACUGUGAGCCAUAGUCAUAUGGUAGUUAUAGUCAACUAAAUACUAAUUGGAUUUCCCAUCAGUUCAACUUGAAUUGUUUUUUGUUUUUUUUCAGCGUUCUGUAAAUGUAUUUGCCAUAUAUGUUACAGUGCCUUGUGAUUAUCUUAAUUUUCAGAAUUGUGUUGUUUUUUUUUGUCAGUUUUCUUGAGUUACCUGUUGUUCUUUUCUGUGCCUUUCAGGACAUGCAAUACUUUUACCGUGGUAAAUAUAUAUACUACCUGCAGUGGCUUUCACAUAUUCUCAGUUAUAAAGCACCUAACACCUCUGAAUGCGUCCAUUAACCACUUUCAAUAAGUGGAAACCAUUCUCCUUUCUCUUGCACUCAAAGGGACCCUGUUAAUAUAGGAACUAAUGUUUUUGUGUAUUAGACAAGCUGAUGUGUUGUUUUGUGAGACGUGUCUAUGAAGGUUUUUCUCCAGAUAUUUUUUCAGACAUUUUUGCACUGUAUUAUUGCAGUCCAGAACAACUGCUCAUUCCGCACCGUAGAAAUCCUCACAGGCCUUAUACAGAUCUUUUUCGCUCCCAAUGUAGUCAAAAUCCAGUUUGUGCUUUUUUUCUUUUUUUUAAUAAUUUAAGAAUUGUUUAAUAUUUAUUAAUGCUUCUGAUGUGGGGGGGGGUGUUGCAUGGAAGAGGGCUAGCUGUUUGUCCAAACAAAAUCAUUCUAAGCUUGUCCUGAAGGUUGAUUUUGGUUGCAUUUUGAAAAUGUCUUAGGCAUCCCUUGUAUGUAUGUAAGUAUGCUUUUGUGCGUACACAUACACCGCAGUAAUGAAUCGUCCUACCUGUAGUGAUUUUUGAGAUUUCUGCCCUCCUUCCUACGUUUCAUUGUUAAGCACAACAAUAAUAACAUGUAUUCUAGUCACUCGAGUGGUUGGGCAUCUGUGAUCAUUCAGUCUCUCACUUAUUACAAGAUAACUAAUUAGUUGUCUAGGGAUGCAAUACACAUUUUGUAACCAGCAUUAACUUGUGAUAUUAAAUGGUAAUUCAAUGUGCUUCUAUGAAAAUGAAGUGUAAGGCUCAACCUGCAAGUUUCUGGAAACUAUUAAAAUAACUACUCGGCAA